AUGUUUAACCAUCUCUAUUCAUCCGAAAAUCUCGGUAAUAACCAAAAGUUGAAUGAUUUUAACGAGGCCUUGCUGUUGAGGCAUUUCCGGAAUACCUUGGGAGCAUGGAUGGAUGUGUGCGAUCAUGAGAGGCAUUUUUCUACUAUGGUCGUCGAACGCGCCCCGUCGUGUGCUCUGUUGUUGUAUGCCUGUCUCGCCAUCGCCGCUCGGCAUCUCUCUCACACCACCAACACCAUCCCAUCCAAUGCAGCGGACGGGUAUCACGAGCGCUGCAUCGCCAUUCUCCUCCCGGUCCUUGAAAACAGUGAUUUCAAAAUCAGCAUCGAGAUCCUCCUAGCGUCAACCGUCAUACUACGAUUCUUCGAGCAGUUAUCCUCACACACUCCAUCCAGUGACCUUCAACGACACCUACUUGCCGGGUCGGUGUACAUUAGUUCACACGUCGACUGCGCCAUCUCUGGCGGCCUCGCGGAGGCCUCGUUCUGGGUUUUCGUGAAACAAGACAUUCAGUUUGCCCUAGCGUACCGCAACCCGCUACGACUGACCAUCAGUCCAUUCGAAGAGAAACUCAGCCAGCGAUGGCAGACCACCGUCCCGAGUGACCGGGACUGGUCGCACAAGGCGAUCUGGCUAUUGGCGGAAACCAUCAACUAUUGCUACGGGGCUACGCAUCCGCUCCACAUGGACACGAUCGACGGCGAGGCGCUGAAGCGGAAGAUUUGUGCCUGGGAGGCCGGGAAGCCGGAGAGUUUCCAGCCGUUGCAUUUUUCUCCGGCGAAUACGAGUAUUGGAAGACCAUUUCCUCUAGUCUGGUUUACUAGUUCGGCUCAUGCUACGGCGGUCCAGCAUAUUUGCAUGACCAAGGCAUUAAUCCACCAACAUGAGCUACACACGAUGGGAGGGUCGGAAUCCAGUCUCGAUUCGAAAAGAAUGUCGGAUGAGGUGAUGAAAAACUUAGGCAUCAUUUUCGGCAUUGCUCUAUCUGCCGAAGACGAUCCACCCGUGCGCAUAAUGGCCUGCCACGCUCUCUGUGCCUGCGGUUCCUGGAUUCGCGAUCCCCUGGCGCAAAACACCCUUCUCGAUCUGCUUCGUCGCACGGAGGCCGAAAACGGCUGGCCUUGGAGUUUUGCCAUGCAGAAGUUCAGUCACGAUUGGCAUGCGUGA